CUUAACUAUUCCCAUUUCCCAUUUCCCAUUUCCCAACCCCCUUCUCUUUCUUCCAUUCUCUUUCUUAAUUUCUCUCUCUUCUUUGUUUCAUCAAGCUAAGGAAAGGAAAGGAGCUGCUCAUAUAUAUCAAUUUCAAGUAUAAAAAAUGAGUAGGAGGAAUAACAAUAAUCGAAGGGGUGGUGGAGCAAAUCAAGAAUUGGAUUUGAAGCUAAAUCUGUCACCCCCACCAACAAGGGUGGUUGGGGGACCAGUGAUAGGACGACAUAAUCAUCAUAGAAUGUCAACAUCAUCGUCAGAGGAGUCUCCACCAAGAUCAUGUGUUUCUUCUGAAGAAAGCCUGAAAUACGCUAGCAGUCCUGAGACUUCCUCCAUGGUUCUUGUGGGUUGUCCCAGGUGUCUUAUGUAUGUCAUGCUGUCUGAGGCUGAUCCUCGCUGCCCCAAAUGUAAGAGUACCGUCCUCCUCGAUUUUCUCCGCAACAACAACAACAACAACAACAACAACAACAUCAUCAACAACCAAAACAACAACCAUCACAACGACAACGAUCGACGCUAAACUCCAUUGCCCGCCUUCUAAAAAUAUAAAUAUAUAAACUUAAAUGAAAAAAGCGGCAGUUGGUUAUUGCUUAUUGGUACGUGCUACGGAGUACUUAGCUAGCUAGCUACAAACGCAACCUUAAUUAGACGUACUCCUCUCUCAGUCUCUGCUUUAAUUUGUCUUUCAUUAAUUAUAUAUUUACUAUUUAGGUGUUAAGUAAGUUUAUUUAGAUCCAUCUGCUUAAUUAAUUGAAAUGUCCUCUUUGGUUGCCCAUAAGACGGGAGUUAAGCUAGCUGCUCUUAUGAGUUACGAUCAUUAUGUUGUAAAUCAUUUCCCCGUCUUCUCUGCAACCAAAUGGUUAUCAUUUUAAUUACAAUUAUUAUUAUUAUUAUUAGUAUUAUUAUUGUU